AUGUAUUUGAGAAAAAAUUUUUUUAAUCUUAUAAAAAGAUAUAAUAUUUUAUAUUUAAAUUUUAUACAACAACAAGAAAAUCUAUAUUCGCAUUAUAUAGAUAAAAAUUAUAUUUCUUCGUUAACUUUAACGAACAUUUCAAAAUAUUCAAGUGAUAGUCCAUUAAAAUGUUGGAAUUGUAAUUUUACAUAUAAAUCUGAUUUAUUUUGCUCUAAAUGUAAAGUUUUACAAAAACCACCUGAAAAUUUAACUUAUUUUGAUAUAAUAGAUAUUCCAAAAAUUUACGAUGUUAAUGUUACGGAAAUUCAAAAAAAAUAUAAAGAACUGCAAAAACUGUUACAUCCUGAUAAAUUUAGUAACAAAUCUGAGAAAGAAAAGCAAUUUUCUGAGAUUUUAUCAUCAUUAGUAAAUAAAGCUUAUAGUACAUUAUUACAUCCUCUAAAAAGAGGAUUAUAUAUGCUAGAAUUAAAUGGUAUAACAAUAUCAGAAGGAACAGAUAAUGUGAAUACAGAAUUUUUAAUGGAAAUUAUGGAAAAGAAUGAAGAAAUAGAAGAUGCUGCAAAUAAUGAAGAAAAAAUAAAAAAACUAAUACAAAAGAAUGAGACUAUAUUAAAUAAUUUAAUAAUGAAUGUAGCAGCUGCAUUUGAACAGAAAGAUAUUAAGAAAGCAGAAUCUCUUCUUAUACAAAUGAAAUAUUAUGAUAGUAUAAAUAAUAGAUUAAAAAAAUUAAAAUAUGAUUUAGGUAUAAUAGAAUAA